GCCAAGGUUCUAUUGAGACAACCAUAGUCUUUUGCUUUAGUUUCUAGCAUUGGAGGUUGUAAUAGCUUCUAGUGGUAAUGGUUGUAAUGGUGGAUGUGGUGACAAGAAGUGAUCAUUUGGUGGUAUGAAUUGUACUAAACCUUAUUGUUGGGUGAAAUACAACAAGACAGAGUAUGUGCAUCAGGUUAUAGAUGGUAUUAAACAAUCACAGUUUACUUCUGUUCUAGUUGGGCAUACGGCUCCCAGCACUGGUAUCAAGAUGCACUCACUUCUCAACUCAGCGAACUCAUUCUGAAAUUGAGUACUGCUCUCCUUUCUUACAGUGUUACAUUAGUUGUUUCAAAUAAUGCAGCCCAAUCUUCUCCACUGUGGGUUAUUGACUCCAGCAUGAACAAACAUCGAUAUGAACCUCAAGACCAGGGAGAUGAUUGGUUCGGGCCAUGAGAAGGAUAGCCUUUAGUAUCUGGAUCCUGAUGGCUUGUUCUCCCUUACUCUCUCAGCUUUGAGUGCUACCAUGUCUCCUUUCCAAUGGAAAUUUUCAUUUGGGCGACCAAACUAAAAUUUGUCCUUUUCCUUCCUCUUUAGCUAUUCAAAAGAAAUAAGGUCGUACCCAAUGCACAAAACUCCCACUUUUAUAGGAUCUGAGAGAGGUGAUUAGUAGGCAGCCUUAACCCCAUUUUUUUCUGUUGAAAGACAACAAAUUCCUGGACUUGAACCUGCAACAUGCCGCUUUGGGUGAAAGACACUUCCACUUCAGCUAUCCAAACAAAAUGAUGAAUAAUAUUUGCAAUUUUUAGGGGGGACAGAAUGGGUAGCCAAACUGCUACAAGCAAUGAUCGAUCAAGGACAUAUUGGACACCAACAAUGGAACGGUAUUUUAUUGACCUUAUGUUAGAGCAGAUGAAUAAAGGCAAUCGGAUUGGCCAUACUUUCAACAAGAAGGCAUGGACGGACAUGCUCAGUGUGUUCAAUACAAAAUUUGGAUCUCAAUAUGACAAAGAUGUUCUAAAAAGUCGUUAUACAAAUAUGUGGAAGCAAUUCAAUGAUAUAAAGAAUCUUCUUAGUCAAAGUGGAUUUUGUUGGGAUGAAACUCAACAGAUGGUGGUAGCUGAUGAUUAUGUCUGGGAUGCUUACAUUAAGGCUUACCCUGAUGCCCGAAUGUACAAAACUAAACCAGUGCAAAAUUUUAAUGAUUUGUGCUUGAUAUAUGGGUAUACAACUGCUGAUGGAAGAUACAGCCGAUCAAGUCAUGAUCUAGACAUUGAUGAAGAAAUGCAAGGAGUAAAUAUGGGUGAUGGAAUGGGCGGCCUUGCGCCUUCAAGUAAUGAGCGUGGAAGGACCGAUUGGACUCCAGCAAUGGACCAAUUUUUCAUUGAGCUUAUGCUGGACCAAGUAAAAAGAGGGAAUAAGACUGAAAAUACUUUCAAUAAACAAGCAUGGAAUGAUAUGCUUGCUUCGUUCAAUGAAAAAUUUGGUCCACAACAUGGCAAAAGGGUUUUAAGGCAUCGAUACAAGAAAUUGUGGAAGUACUAUAGUGACAUAACAAUUCUUCUUAAACAAAAUGGCUUUUCUUGGAAUGAAACACAACAAAUGGUUGCAGCUGAUGAUGAUGUUUGGGAUGCAUAUCUCAAGGCACACCCGCAUGCACGGACAUAUAGAACAAAAACCCUUCCAAACUACUAUGAUUUGCUCCUAAUAUACGGAAGUCAAAUUGAUAAUGGUAUUCACUGUGAUUUACAUCAGAACAAAAAUGUUGAAGACGACGUCUCAGAAAGAAAGGCCGGUGAAGGAAAAGGGGGGCAGAACCCUACUUUUGGUGAUCGUACAAGAACAUAUUGGACACCACCAAUGGACCAUUAUCUUAUUGACUUGUUACUAGAACAGGUUCAUAGGGGAAAUAAACUUGGGCAAACUUUCAUAACCCAGGCGUGGAUUGACAUGGUUACAUCUUUCAAUGCAAAAUUCAAUUCUCACCAUGACAAAGAUGUUCUGAAGAAUAGGUACAAACAUUUAAAGAGGCAAUACAAUGACGUAAAGAUUCUUCUUCAGCUGAGUGGGUUUUCAUGGGAUGAAACAAGAGAAAUGGUAACAGCUGAUGAUCAUGUUUGGGAUGCUUAUACCAAGGAACAUCCUGAUGCUCGAUCAUAUAGAGUGAAAACUCUGCCAAGCUAUCACAAAUUGUGUGUGAUAUUUGGAGAAGAACAUGCUGAUGGUAGAUACAGCCGUUUGGCACGCAAUGCAGAUCCCAGCAGUGAAUUACCUGUUUCAUUGACUGGUGAGGGGACAAAUGACCAAUCACCUGCUGGUGAUGUUCCUUUGGUGAUAGAUUGGAUACCAUCAAUGGAGCUCUAUUUUAUUGUCCUUAUGGUAGACCAUGUGCAGAGAGGCAAUAAGGCUGAUCGUACAUUCAAUGAGCAAGCAUGGGCUGAUAUGAUAGAAUCAUUUAAUGAAAAAUUUGGACUAAAAUUUAACAAAAAUCUCCUAGAAGAUCAGUAUACAUUCUUGAUGAAACAGCAUGGUGAAAUCAGUAAUCUUAUCAAUCAUAGUGGUUUUACGUGGGAUGAAUCUCAACAAAUGGUAACAGCUGACAAUGAUGUCUGGGAAGCUUAUGUUAAGGAAUACCCAGAUGCUAUUUCAUACAGGGAUAAAAUCUUAUGUAGUUAUAGAGAUCUUUGCAAGGUCUUUGGAAAUAAAGUGUCAGGUGAAAGAUUCAGUAACCACGGUCUGGUUAUGGAAGCGGACAUAACUGCCCAGGGAAUAGAGAUGGAGGGAACAUCUAGAGGUCAAGAAUUUCCAACAAGGAAUACUCAAAUGUCUGUUGAUGAGAGAAAGCGGCCAACUGAGACACCAUUGGAAUCACAACGUCCUAGAAAGGUACAAAAGACUGACAAUAGAAUGGAAGAAGCUCUUUCUGAGAUUGCGGGUGUAGUCAAAAGAUUGGUCAAUAAGAAAGAGAAUAAAAACUGUAAAUUGAUAGAAAGUGCAAUUGAUGCUCUCCAGGCAAUACCAGACAUAGAUGAUGAGCUUAUGUUGGAUGCUUGUGAUCUUCUGGAAGAUGAGAAAAAGGCAAAAACGUUUUUGGCAUUGGAUAUCGCUUUGAGGAGGAAAUGGUUACUAAGAAAGCUUCGACAGUAGUAUUGUAGUGGCCUUAGUUUUUUUGAGUGUUGCAUACAAUUGUCUCAUUUGAGAAAUUUUUUUUUUACUAGCUUAGAUACUGUAAUUUGUAAAUGUAUAUCUGUUCAGGCCUCCUUUUUCUGGCCACGUGGCAGCUCCCCAAAUCCCCACAAAAACUCUAUUGGAGCAAGGCUAAAAUGAAUGGACCUAA